AUGGAGGUGGGCGGCGUCGUUCACGUCCAGACACGGUCUGGGAGGAGGCACAAGUACUUCACACGCAGUAAAUCUAGUCUCAACUCAGAUGAGCUGCUAGAGGGCAGUGACAUUAAACAGCCAAACAAAGAAGAGUCGACGAGAAAGGAGGGAAAAGAGGAAGCCGAUAAGAACACGAGUAAUAACAUUGAUUCUAAGGCGAACCGGAAGAGGGGUCAUGGUUACCUUGCGCAUGCUCCAUUGUCUCCAAACAAACCUCCUACCAAAAGCUGUCGGGACAUUAAGAGACACGUGUCUUUCAUGGAUGACAGGUCAGCAUCCACAUCCAGGGUGUGCUUCUCGAGCUCCACGUCAAGUCUGAACAAAGGUGAGAUGAGCAAGCACACUUCGUUUAGGAAAUCUCCGACGGCACUAACCAAAGAUGACCACGACAUCUGUCAAAGUGAAUCGGAGAUUUCUUUCAAGAUUUUGGAUAGUUCUUCGUCUUGUGCUAAAACCAGAGGCCCGGGAUCUCCACCAGAUGCCGGUUUGAAGUGGUUGAAUUUCCGGGACGCCAAAAGAGAUCAUCACAGUGAAAUAUUCAAAUGCGGCGUUGAAGGAGAGCGCAGCUCUGAUUGGUCAUCUCGGGCGAUCCACAGUCUGAGCGACGUUGACAUCCCUAACGUUUCCAGAAGUCGCGUUUUGCUAAACUACCAUCAGGACGGGUCCAUUGAUCUUUUGGGGGAAGGAGAGUACGGAUAUGUUGUUAGGGGCAUUUUGAAGGGGGCACGAAUGGACACGGACAUCGUAGCCAAGUACUUCAAGAAGGACCGUUCCUCCCUUGAAGACAUCUUGGACGAGGCUAGAGUUCUUCUCUAUUUACAAGACACCGGAUAUGUGCCAAGAGUGUACGGCCUGAUAGAAGCAAACAGGAAAGACUGCGAUCCGAUUUUAAUCCAGGAAUGUUUUGGGGAUGGCGUAACUCUGGACGAUUUGCUAGAUCGAAAAAUUUCCAAGAAAGUAUGGUUAAGCAUUUGCCUGCAGGUAGCCAAUGGCCUGUGGAAAAUACACCAGAAAGGCGUGCUGAUAAACGACAUUAAACUAGAUAACAUUUUAGUGGACUACAAAGGCGACAUACAGCACAUCCGAUUCAUUGAUAUGGGCAUCGCCACCUUCCGGUCCAGUUAUGUCAGCAGUGGAACGGAAGCCGCUAUGGCUGAGUGCAGCCAUCUUGCACCGGAAGUUCGGAAACUCAAGCCCAGCUCUCCCAAAUCCGACAUUUACGGGCUGGGAUUCGUGAUGAAAACAAUCGGACGUCAAGCUUUCAUAGAAGAACUUGUGGCUCUGGGCAACAAAUUGAUGUCGGAUAAGCCCAAUCAGCGGUGCUCCCUACCUAUUACUAUAGCUCGACUAAAUUCCCUUUCGCGAAACGUGUAA